CGACAGGGAAAUCAACCGUUGACACUUUCUCGUUCGAACUUUAAAACUAUCCAAAUAUCGAUAGACUAUUAUGCAGUUCAAACUGACAAUUUAAGUGCAUUAAAAUAUAAUUGGGAAAUGACGUGUUGGUGAAAGGUGAAAUCAUUGCUUCGUUAGGGAGUGGAAGAGUAUUGCGACUGAGGAAGAGUGGCUGCAUCUGGAACAGGACUCACUUCUGACGGCUAACAGCAGUAUAGGAGAGGCAACAAAAGAAGAAUAACUUUCGUCCCUUUCAUUCAAAUUGUGUUUAUACUGUCAUGGAAAGUGACAGAAUCCUGCACAUGUAGUCGAUUAAGAUGAAGACUUUUUUAAAACAGGCCUUCGUGGUAUCAGGUGCGGCGCUUAACAUCGCUGGUCAUGGCUGCGCUCACGGCUACCCUGCUGUGCUGUUUGCACAGUUAAUACGAGAUGGUGGACCUGUCACGUUGACUGAUCAUGAUACGUCAUGGAUAGCAUCAUCAGUUGGCCUCAUGGGUAUCGUUGGAAACUUCAUAUCACCUGUAUUCAUGUCAAAACUUGGAAGACAGAAGUCACACUUCAUCUCAACAAUACCUGCUCUUCUCGGCUGGAUAAUCUUUAUAUUUGGAAAUACAGUGCCAAUGUUCCUCCUUGCUAGAUUUCUCCAUGGCCUUGCAUUAGGACUACGAACUCCGUUAGCCGCAAUUCUGGUAGCUGAGUAUACUGAACCAAGAUAUAGAGGGGCAUUUUUGGGAACGUUCGCGAUUUCAUUAGGUCUCGGAAUUCUGCUAUCCCAUAUUUGGGGAGCCUAUUUAUCUUGGAAGAAUACAGCGAUAGUCUGUUCCAUGUUCCCAAUUAUAUCAAUGGUCAUUAUUAGUCUUUCACCAGAAUCACCAUACUGGUUGGUUUCCAAAUCCAGGUUCGAAGAUGCUAAAAAGGCCUUUAAAUGGGUUCGUGGUGACGGGGAGCAACAGAACGAAGAAUUAGAUAAAAUGAUACAGACGCAAGAACGUGAACAGCAUGAAAAUGAGAAUGGAAAGGAAAUUUAUAGAAGUUUUAGUAUAACGAGGUAUGCGUUGAAUUCAUUCAAAAGCAUAUUGAAGAUCUUCAAGAAAAAAGAGUUCUUUAAGCCAUCGAUCGUCGCAAUUUGCAUGCUGAUAGUAUUUGAGUUUGGAGGUGCACAUAUGCUGGCGGCCUAUGGAAAUGUCAUCCUUCAAGCAGUGUUAAACAAGGAAAACUUGACUGAUGUCACUUGGCAGUUCACUGUCAUUGAUUUCUUAAGAACAACUUGUGCGUUCUUAGCUAUAUUCUUGCUGAAGAAUUUCAAACGAAGAACUAUUUUAUUCACAAGUGGUGUUAUGACAGUUUUGUCUCUGACCACAAUAUCAGUGUUUAUGUAUGCGAGAAAUUCUGGAUAUAUAAACCAGGCGUGGUUGGUUGAUGUGCUACCUAUGGUUUUAAUGAUAACAUACACUUUUUCAUUUUGUAUAGGCAUUGUACCUUUGAAUUGGGUCAUAUGUGGCGAAGUAUUUCCUUUAGCAUAUAGAAGUUUAGGUUCAACGCUGUCUACGUCAUUUUUGACACCCGCCUUUGUGAUUUCUAUGAAGACAGCUCCACAUUUGUAUUCGUCGAUCGGGGUAGAGGGUGCUUUUCUAGUCUAUUCCGCUACAUUGACGAUUUGUUUGUCUAUUAUGUAUGUAUUGUUACCUGAAACAAAAGAUAGGACUUUGAUCGAAAUAGAGAAUACGUUUAAAGGCAUUAGUACAUCAGAUAAAGAAGUAAAAUUAAGUUUAUUGGAAAAGAAAGUAAGUUCCGUGUAACGAUGUGAUAAAACUCUUAUGAUAUUUCAGUAUUGAUAAUGUUUUAAGUUAGAUAUACUAUUACUCCAGUGAACUGUGAUGGUUGUACAAUGUCCUGUUUUGGUUGUGAUUAGGAAAGUGUAUAAUUGUGAUUAAAUAUUUCAAUGCCUCUGGAAAAGUGUAAUGCAAAAUUUAAGUAGGUAAUUCAUUACCCGCAGAUAAAUGUCAGAAUCUAUCAUAUCUAGUAUGUUAUUCUGUAAUUACAUUUUUAUGUAAAAAACACGUAAAAAAUAUCAAAACUAUCUGAUAGUAAACGUUCGGUUAUAAUUAAAAUAGGAGAAAAUUUAUAUUUUACUAAUUACUUCUAGUGGCAAUUUACGAAAUGUAUGAAAGUACGGAAUUGCUCGUAUAAUUUUUUCAGGCGUUUUAUAUUUUUAAUAGGUAAUAUGAUGAGACACAAAUUCUGCCUAUUACUUUAUUUAGAUUAAGUCUGUAAUAAAUGUGUGAAGUUUUUAUUAAAUUAUGCA